AUUAGUUGUCAAUAACCCGGUUUGUUUACGUGUGCAAAUCGCAUUUAAUGGAUUAUAUUUUCUUCAAUUCCUAAUCCUAUUUCAUGGCUUAAUUUGUAGAUGUGUCAUUAGAAAGAUACUUUUUUAUCACAGGUAUCUGAGGCUCACAUAAUUUGACAUUGUAACGCUUACAAUUCCUUAAACGUACUUGAAACAAGUUGUCUGUUCCAGGCCUUAUAGAAAGCUACCAGGUUUCUGUUAUUUAGAAUGAGCAUUUAGCUGAAAAUAUGUCUUUUGUAAUAUAUCUGAGUAGAAGAACUCGCACCCUCAGGUUGCUGGCAUUUGCAGCUGUCUUAAUUUUUAUUAUAUACCUGCUAGCCACUUAUGAUAAAGAGACUAGCAAUACCUUUGGAAUUGCCAGCAGAUUAAGACAGGGCAAAACAGUGGAAAGGGCAGUUCCGAAACUGGUAUCGGAGCUGGGCAAUUUUGAGCCCAAGGAAAUUGAGGACAGAAGCGGGCCUGGUGAAAAGGGGGUUCCUCAUCACUUACAACCCAAUCAGCAAAACGAUGCCGAUCAGUCAGAGUCAGAUUAUGGCAUGAACAUAGCUUGCUCUGACGAGAUUUCUCUGGAUCGAUCAAUAUUGGAUACAAGACUUGAGGAAUGCAAGCAUUGGGAUUACCCAACUGAUCUUCCUUCGACCAGUGUGAUAAUAGUGUUUCACAAUGAAGGUUGGUCGGUUCUCUUGAGAACUGUUCACAGUGUGCUCAACCGCACGCCCAAGCAGUUCCUUAAGGAAAUCCUGCUGGUUGAUGAUUAUUCGGAUAAGGAGAAUUUGAAAUAUGAUUUGGAUAAUUAUAUAGAAAAGUUUAAUGGAAAAGUGAGGCUGAUCAGAAAUUCACAACGUGAAGGCUUAAUUAGGACGAGAAGUAGAGGAGCAGUUGAAGCUAAAGGGGAAGUAAUUGUGUUUUUAGAUGCUCACUGCGAGGUCAACACUAACUGGCUGCCUCCCCUGCUGGCCCCAAUUUACCGGGAUAGAUCGACAAUGACUGUUCCUAUAAUUGACGGAAUUGACCACAAAUCGUUUGAAUAUCGCCCCGUUUAUGGCGAAGACAGACAUUUCCGAGGUAUUUUCGAAUGGGGCAUGCUUUACAAGGAAAAUGAGGUACCGCAAAGGGAGCUCCGUACUAGGAAGCACAACAGUCAACCAUAUAAAAGCCCCACUCAUGCUGGCGGCUUGUUUGCCAUUGAUAGAAAGUACUUUUUGGAAAUAGGCACUUAUGAUCCGGGUCUGCUGGUUUGGGGCGGAGAAAAUUUCGAAUUGAGCUUCAAAAUUUGGCAAUGCGGAGGCAGCAUUGAGUGGGUACCAUGCUCCAGAGUAGGACACGUGUACCGCAGUUUUAUGCCCUACAAUUUCGGAAAACUGGCUCAAAAGAAGAAGGGCUCUCUUAUAACAAUCAACUAUAAGCGCGUCAUUGAAACAUGGUUUGAUGAAAAGUACAAGGAAUACUUCUACACCAGGGAGCCAAUGGCGAGAUUUUUGGAUAUGGGCGAUAUUAGUGAGCAGCUUACUUUGAAAGACAGGCUUGGCUGUAAGAGUUUCCAAUGGUACAUGGAGAACGUAGCGUAUGAUGUGCUUGACAAGUUUCCGGAACUUCCUCCAAAUAUUCAUUUUGGCGAAAUGAGGUCAGUAGCCGUGCGUAAAUGCCUGGACACUCUUGGUCAUGGACCGCCCUCCUUGAUGGCUGUUCAACACUGCCACGGCUUCGGAAACAAUCAGCUCAUGCGAUUGAACGCUAAAGGACAGCUGGGGGUUGGUGAACGAUGCAUCGAAGCUGAUGCUCAAGGAAUAAAAUUAGCGUUUUGCAGGCUGGGAACAGUGGAUGGUCCAUGGCUGUACGACGAAGACACGCAUACUCUAAUGCAUAAAGUGCAUAAGAAAUGCGUGGCUUUGCAUCCGCAGACUUCUCAUCUGUCUCUAAUGCCUUGCGACAUCAACAAUGCAUAUCAACAGUGGCUGUUCAAUCCGUUGACACCCAAGUGGUAACCGGGUGCCAAAUUUCCGUUGCUCAUUCCAUUUUUUCUUAUUUAUAUUAGUACGUUUGAAAGGCAAUUCUUGAAUUAGGAUUUGUGUCAUAAAGAUGCAUUAGUUGAAUGUACAUAAUACUUAUUUUUGUUAUUAAAUCGGAGGUCUGUUCGUUUUAUAAUAAAUUAUAUUAAAUUUGUACUAAUGUUUGUCCUGGAGCUUAAAGCUGCAGCUAGACUAGACUAGUUGAAAGACUAAGAGAUAUAUGUAAAUAUCUUUCGUUAAAUAGGAUAGUCUAACAAUUACUAAUAAGGAGCAGGUAAUAACUCUACAAUCAUUAAUAUUAUCAUAGGAAAGUAUUUAUUCGUAGCGUUUAACGUUUAAUCAAUCAACGAUUAUUCUAAACAUGCAAUAUGAAGACUAAAGUUUAGCGGUUCAAUAAGCCUUUGUGCCUUUUUGAUAAAUUCCUCUCACAUUAUCUAGUCUUUGAUUCGAGUUUCCGUUUAUUUUUCGGUAAUUUUUUGAAGAGUAGUUAGCUAUUCAUGUGAACUGUAAACAAGAAUGGAAAUCAUUUACUACUUCCAAACUGUUUUAAAAUCCGCUUUAGCAGAUGGACGAAUGCAUUUUGGUAUUGAGAUAAGAUUUCAGUUCACUGAAGGGUUACAGUUUUGCUCAUUAAUAAAAAAAAGGAAUCAGUAUUGCUCAAUAAAAUUCACUAAAUACCCUAAUUAUUGUGUUUCUUUUACCAGGAAACAUUCGACUGAGCCUUUUCUUCUCUAUUUUCUGAUGGUUAUUAGGGUAAAUUUUACUUGUAAAAACUAGCCAAUAAACAGUCGUACUUAAAAUAGGUUUUAUGAAACGUUGUUGUAUAUUUAGGUGAUAUAUUAUUAAUAAAUGUCAUUUUAUAUAA